AUGGUGUGCCGUGCGUUAGCUGCGUCUAUUUCUGAUGUUCAUCUGGAUAGAUUCAUGAACAAGAUCAUAGAGGUAGAAGCUUCCAUAUUGACAAAGGAUGCAGCUUAUGUUGGUGGUCAUGGCAUUGUCCCCUUGAGCACUCUCGUCGCCGAGUUCUCACCAUGGUCGAGGCGUUUGGAAUGGCUCGCUUCAAUCACACACCAUCUGGAGCAGGGCAUUCGUCCUGGUAAACCAGGCCAGAAAUCCUCGGGCGCUUCAGCUCUCAAUCUACUGCGACGCGAACUACACACAGGAUACUGGGAUAUUGCUGAAAUGGCCACCGACCUCCUUUCUCUCGGACAAAGAGCAUGGAUGCGUGCCGCUGCUGUCUGGAUACUUUACGGAAAGCUUCCCACCUCUGGUGCGGAUGACUUUUGUAUCAAGUCAAACCCUGGCUCUACGCUUUCUUUGGAUCGAUUUGUGAUCGAACAGUCACUGCUGCCAGAAUUUGUGAAUACUGGGGCCUCACACACACUUCUUUCAAUCGGAAGUGCUCUCAAUCAGCUACAAGCUCAAGCGGUAUCUUCGUCAUGUCCAGGGAAUCAAGUUGAUCCAUCAAUUUCACUUCUUCCUAAUCACUUGACAUUGCUUGAAACGCUUUCCUAUCCUUUGAGUCCGGCGCUACUCGAGAAUGUUCUGGCUGCUAUCAACCAAUCCAUAUCCGAGAAUGCUUUGUCCAAGAUUCUUCCUUUGCCCUUGGUGAUGCGGCUACUCCAGGUCACAAUGCGUUAUUUACUGCUCGAUCGUGGAGAGUUUGCUAUAUCACUCAUCACACAUGCAGAUGAGCGUGUGUCGAACCGACAGCAGGCACAGACAAUCGCACGCCCAAUUCGAAAAGUGGGGCGUCUCGAUGAGUUAGCCAUUAAAGACAUCGAGCUGAGUGGAAUCCUCAGCAGAUCCUUCGCUGAGCUUGCCGUAUUGCAAGGAGAUGAGGAAACUGACGACGACAUCUUCGAUCUGGCAAAGCAAUCUCUGUCCCUGAAGAUGUGUGAUUCACGAGCUCAUGUGUUGUCCACUUUGCUCCCCACACCAACUGUCCUGCGACUUACGAUCCCUUCAGUCUCGCCUCUCCACUUGUUCUUGUCUCCGAAGGACAUUGAGAGCUAUUCACUGUUGAAUGCAUACUUAAUUUCAAUCUACAGAGCAGGUCUCCAUCUUUCAUCGUUGUGGAAGAUCUCUGCUCAGCGUCGGUGCCACCCUACUCCUUUGGGACCACCAGCGAGUGCCUCAGCCUUUGGCCGAGUAGCAUUAGCAUCGCGAAGGGCAAGAGAGGAUUGGAGAAAUGGGAGGACGAGACGCCACUGGACUACCGCAAGCAAGACGCUGUUCAUGUUAAACGAACUCAAGGCAUACUUUCAAGGCGAGGUGAUCAAAAGUAGUUGGCUACACUUUCGUGCUUGGAUUGGGAGUGUCGAAGCAGAGGCCUCCACAUCUGCCAAAUCAUCCAGGCCCGGAACAGCCUCGUCAUCAACAGAGAUGAAGACGCUUGAUCUCUCUGCAAGUACAGGUGCCUCUUCAAGUCGGUUUGGAACUCCAAGUGAUCCUCGAGCAUUGGCAGAUGCACACCGAUCAUUUCUGGAGGCUUUGAACGUAGCUCUCUUUGUGACUGAGACCAACUUUGUCGACCUACUGAAAGAGCUUCUGUUGCAGAUUGAUCAUUUCGUCGCCUUAUUCUCCCGUCUCCAGGCUGUCUGGGAAGGUCUGGAUCUUCAAGAGGACGAAGGAGUCUUGGAUGCUUUUUCAAAUUACGCCCAGGACGAAAAGGACGUGAUUACGGAAAUGGAUCGGACAAGUGAGACUAUUGAAGGCGUGUUGGUAGGCGUUAUCGACAAAGUUCGCGGUAUCGAGAUUGAUAGCAGAGUCGGACCCGGUGUGAAUAGCAUUACGGAAACCUUGUCAGGCAUCGGACUUGACGGGAAAACGUUUGUUCCUUGGCGAGCGAGGACAGUAGACCGCCUGAUUAUGAAGUUGGAUGGUCUGAAGGGCAGGCAGGACGAGGACGGGCAUGAUCUAGCAAAUGAAGACGGACACGAUGACGAAUGA